AAAAAGAGAGGAAUUUAAAAUCCGGAUUUUCAGGAUAGGUUCUGCAUUUAGGACGCGAUCUCUAUUUCUUGUUAAAAUUUGGCGCUGUUUUGUUUUACUUUUGACAGUGUUUCCAACCUUUCCAGAUGGACACAAAAAGUGAUGAUGAUUGGCAAGUUCAGGGCAGUGAUGAUGAAAAAUAUGACCCUGGAAAAAAGGGCAACGGAACCUGGUGCCCUUUACCAGAAGAUAUUGUAAAGCUUUAUGAAGCUUUAGCAAAAGAGAAGGUUUUAAAACUGGAAUGGAAAUGCCCUGGUAGACAUUUACCAAAGGCAGACAAGCCUUCAGAAGAUGUCAAAAUGAAAGAGGAGUCUAAACCAGAGAUCAUUCAACAACCUAAAGAAGAUUCAAAGUUAGUGU